AUGGAAAAUUUUGAAACAGAGACUGAAAAAAUUCGACAUUUACAUGUUGAGCGCGAUAUCGAAUCUGACCUUGCAGCAUCUCCCAAUCAUCUUUAUACAAACGAUGUCGAAUUGAUGGAGAGAGUAAAUGUCUCGCAAAUGUUUCCAAAUCUCAGGUUUUUCACGAAAGAUGGUUCGCUCGAAACCACGUGUACCUGUAAAAUGUUGGUCAAUGUUUUAUCAACAUCGAAAUCAUUGACUGGACUCAUUUGUGAAGCUCCAUGUCUUGCCGUGGCUCCUAUGACGAUAGACUUUUGCUGUCAUGUCGACAUCGAUGAUAUUGUUAAACACUGUGGUAGCCUCGAGUAUCUGGUUUCAUUUUAUCAACCUUUUCUUCGUAGUUAUUUCUUAAAAUACAAAUUUGGUCAGAAUGUGAAAUACUUCGAAGGUUCAAUCAGAGGAUACAACGACAAUGAGGAAGAUAAAGAUUAUGAUUUCAUGUCCAAAGAAAUCUAUCAACUGUGUUACUACUUGAAACAAAUGCCAAAUCUUGAAGUUCUUCGUCUGAGAGAUCCACCAAUUGAACCUCGUCUUUGGCUUCUACAAAAAAACAUGAAUUUAAAGCAGAUCAAUUUUGACAACACAUCGACAAAAAAAUUGGCCUUCCAGUUCUUAUCUCGUUUUCCCAGCUUGCGAAGUGUUUCUUUUGACGUUCUAUCACUGGUAGAUGAAAAUUUCGAAGUUUCCAAUGCUCAUCCACAUGUUCAAGAUUGCGCUCAAUAUAUUGGAGGAAUAGCAGGUUUUCUGAGCUAUCUUAUGAAUUAUUCUUCCGAAUUACCUUGAAUUUAAAUCUAAAUUCUAUUUAUCAUCCAGUAUCAAAACUCAUCUAUUGGAUCAUUGAAGCUGAUUAAAAGUAUUAUGGUCAAGUUCCUUAAUUGUAAAAACCUCUUCAUCCAUCUCAUGCAAAACGUCUCAAUAACUAAUGAGGAUUUGAUCGAGAUAAUCAAAAUGUUACCUAAUUUAACUCUAUUAGUCUUGGUUAUAGAAAAUUGGGGAGAUGCAAAUACUAUAAUAAAUCCAUUUAAGUCAAAGAGUAAAAAACUUUUUUAAUCUUCGAUAAAAUUGAAAAAUUGAUUCAUGAAGAUAAUAGAUGUUGAUUGAUAUGAUAUUUGAAUAAACGAUAAAAGUGAUUAAUGGAAAUAUCUUUUUGUUUAAGAGAAGCG